AUGGAGAAGACGGUGAGCGUGAACGUGAGAGCGGAGAUGGAGAAGCUGAGCCCGGAGCAGUUGAAGGCAGUCAAGGAACAAACUGAUUUGGAAGUCAAUCUUCUUCAGGACUCCCUCAACAACAUCCGUACAGCCACCACUCGCCUCGAGAUCGCCUCCUCCGCCCUCCACGACCUCUCCCUGCGCCCUCAGGGCAAGAAGAUGCUCGUCCCUCUUACGGCGUCCCUUUAUGUCCCCGGCACCCUCCACGACGCGCACCAAGUCCUCGUCGACGUCGGCACCGGUUACUUCAUCGAGAAAACCAUGCCUCAGGCCAAAGAUUACUGCGAACGUAAGAUCAGCUUGCUCAAAUCUAAUUUUGACCAGCUUGUCGAGGUUGCUUCUAAAAAGAAGAGCAUCUCGGAUGAAGCUGGGGCAGUUUUGCAAGCCAAGUUGAAGCAGUUGGCUCCUGCAACAUAG